AUGAAGAAAGACGAAGAGCCAAACGAAGAACAAGACGCAAAGCAGUCAGCGGAUCCCAAGGAAAAGUCCAAACGCGAACCCAAACCCGACACCACCGCCAUCGCCGCCGAACUCGAAAACCUCGUCACCGUCGCUUUCGCCGCCAUAAACGACCGCAACUGGCCCUACCUCCUUUCUCCAGAAUCCCACAUUGCGCCCUUCGUCUCCAUGGGCGCGUCCGGCAUGCGCCCUUCGGCCAACUCGCACGCCAAAAUGAUCGCCGACUUCCAGGCCCUCGUUGAAGACUAUCCGGACUAUCGCCUGCAUAUCGUCAGCAUGUCGACGCAGGUGUACGAGAAUGUGAGUGCUGCGGAGGUUUUUGCGAAUUGUGAGGUCACUGGGGGACCGGGAGUGCCGGUGGGAAUGAGCCGCAAGACAGUGAGUUGUUUUGAGUUCCAGCGGAUUGAUGGCGUCUGGAUGGCUGUGCGAGAUACGACUAUUCCUGGGGGUGGGGAGGAUCGAGGUGGGUUUGGUGGGGAGAUGGAUAUGGGGAUGGGAUGA